AAUUCAAAUAUUCGAACGGAAACAUUCUACAAUUCUGCUCUGAUAAACCGAACGUUUAACUAGAAAAUCUUGGGCAGAAAAAUGCAUUGGCUUAAAUUAUUACUGAAAAUAGGACUUAUAAUCUCUAUUAAUUUUUAUAAUUGUGUCUUAAAUGAAGAUUCCUACUGGAUACGCGGGAUCUCUUGGGUUAAUAUACAAAAUAUUUCAUACGAAACGGAUAUUCUUUACUUCUUUUUCAUGCUGAGAUUAGGGUAUGUGAAAUUUCGACUUUAUAAAAUACCUUCCGUUUUUUCUGCUGCAACGAAAGUUUACCUGUGCACAGGAGACAAAAUAUACAAAUAUCAUCUGAAAAAUCUGCGACGAUUAUUCUUUGUUGAAGGAAACACAAUCUUCGGAUACUCCUACAAUAAUAUACUUACCGCACGAUUAGAAUUAGACAAAUAUAUUUAUUAUGUCGAACCAAUUGGUGAGUAUCGUUUUAUGGGUUUCAAAGAUACGAAUAUUAUUUAUGACGCAAAAAACGUUAAAUAUAAAAUUAAACGGCAAAAUAUAAAUCUUAUUUGUGACGAACUAACGAAUGAAACUGAAUCGGUGGACACAAACUGCGAUUACGCAAAGCCCAGCAAAAGUAAAUUCAAUAUUCACAAUAGGAAAAGGAAUCGAAGAAGUUGCUCGUUAGAACUGUUGGCAGACUACACGUACAUUCGAAAAAUGAAUUUCGACAUUGAAAAAACAGUAGGACAAAUGAUGUUCUACGCUAUGCAUGCAGAUUAUGUUUUUAAAAAUUUAGACCUAGACGAAGAUGGAAUUCCUGAUAGAAUAAGGUUUAAUGUGAAGAAGGUUACGCUUUUUCGAGACGAAACAAGCCCCGAAUCUCCUUUUCGGAAAAAUUUUAAAUACAAUUAUACGACGUUUUUAGAUCAUUUAGCUCAAUAUUCUCAUCCCUAUUGCAUGCUGAUCUGUUUUUGUCAUAGAGAUUUCGGGUCUAACUCGACGUAUUCAGUAGGAAAAGCGAGGAGGUAUAUGUUCCCAUCAAACACUUAACGGUGUUAAGAUAAUGAAUAAUGUAGCUUUCGUUACGGAUAUAGAAAACGGUCUGCAAUUGCCAAUGCUUGAAGUACCGCAAAUGUACUGCAUCAAUUGGGUCAUGCAUUUGGUUGUCCACACGAUCCCCGAAAUUGUAAACGAAAAGAUACCAGCGGAUAUUACAUCAUGCAUCCUAACAUUCGUGUUUGGGCUUCCGGUACUUUUAAUUUUUCUACGUACUGCAAGAAGAAAAUCAGACAAUUCAUAGAAAGAAAAGGUAAGGAAGAUUG